AUGACGUCCUCCUGUGAGGAGGCAGAAAGGAUGAUAUUCUGCGCGAUGGACCCUAGUAUUCUUGCAGCCAUGGACAAGGAAGCACUUAAAAAGCAGAUCGAAAACAUGAAGUACCAAGCGUCUAUGGAACGCUGGCCGCUUUCAAAAAGCAUUGCAGCGAUGCGGGAGUAUGUUGAAGAGAAUGAGAAAAACGACCCUCUCAUACACGCUCCCGACAAGAAAAAUAACCCUUGGGCCGAAAAAGGGAAGUGCAUCAUUAUGUAAUCACUAAACAUAAGUAAAAAUAUCACCAAAAUUCUAAAGUAUUCAGUUUAAGAUGUUACAAGUCUGGUACAUUCUGGCCGACUAGAUGAUUUCAUUGAAGAUGCAGACGAUGGAGAAGACAUAACUGCCAGACAAUAUAAACAUGUAGUAACCACCAAUUUAGAGGCAAGCGUCGAAGUUACUUUGAUUUCAUUAUUAUUUGUUUACGUAGUUUUGUUCCAAACGAAUCUAGUCCCUUAUAAUUCUAAUGUAAAGAAUGUACACUUAGACUAUGCGCGAGGCAAAGAUGUACUUAUGAAUGUUUUUGUUAAAAAUAAAGUUUUAAAAAUGGUUGUAAAUACGUUAAAUUUUGUAUUUCUAGUAAUAGAAUGUUCGGAAAUGACACUAUCGGUAGAGAUUAUUGGGAAAGUUAAAAUGAAUGAUAAAGAAAUUGUAAUGUGGAAAGUGUAAGCUAAUCUUAAUUGAACGUUGACAACCGAUUAUAAUUUAUUUGAAGUAUAACUGAAUGAGUAUUACCUUGAAAAUUGUUUUAGAGUUUAUAUAAUAUAUUUUGAAAAGAACCCAUGCAGUUCCAUACGAAUAUAAGCAACUUCCUUUUUCAUCUGUUUGUAUGGAUUUGGGAUGGAUUCUAUAUCGAACCAGUCGAAGUGUCUGGAGACACUGAUGCUGGUUUCACGACAGACUUUGCCACAAGUUUAGAAGAUAAAAUAAAAACAAUUAAAUGUGAAGAUUCUCCGAGCUCACGAAUCUUCGUAUUUAAUAAAAUAUAAUGUUAAACUAUAGGGAUAAUUGCAAAUCACAACUUAAUACAUAUUCGCUGAAUCACGGAUUAGAAAUGUUAAAAUAUUGGCAAUAAAGGGAACGUAGAAUGAAUAAAGUUAAACGAUAAAAAAGGUAGAGAAGAUGAAAAAAAAAAUGUAAAUUUAAGAGUAAUGCGACAUAAUCUUGUUUGAAACUUAUUGUUAAGCUGGUUAGGAUACUUUUUUAUGAACACGGUACAUUCUAUGGUACCAUUGAUCUAGUUGCUUCUAGCUAUUAGCUAUCUUCUACUCUCCUGUUCUUAAAUAUAAUCGCUAUUAAGCCAAAUCUCUCAUUAAUUUCCCGCUCUCUAACAUUAUAUAAUUUCACCCCAGCUCAGCUCACCCUCUAAUCAUUAUUUAAACUAAGUAUUUAAACUCCAACUAUCAAGAUACAAUUUAAAUGAUCUAGCACUCAUUUAGCUUAGUAUAAUCCAAAAUUAAACAGACAAAGUUCUUCCUAAUUCAUUGAAAGUUUACUUAUAAAGCGAUACGUAGUUUCCAUAUAAAAUUCUUCUAAAUUCGUAUUCUAAGAUUUCUGCGACUGUCAUCGAAAAUUGUUCGGUCAAAAUUUCGAUUCGAACCUGAACAAUUUUGGAAAGCUAACAGUCCGAGUAGCGCUACUAAUCUUACAUUCCAAUUAAACGGAUUGAAUUAAAUCCUAAUUUUUUGAUUAAAAUAGAAAAAUUUAAACUUACGCACUGUAGAUAAUUAUAGAUUAAAAAAAUAUAUUAAAUCUAACUUUAAACUUAAAAAAAAACUCUUUUAAAAUUUAAACCCACUUCCUCUACCAUAUCUAGACACGGUGUAUGGAAAAUCAUUCUGGCUGUGAAAUGAUUCUUAAUUUAUUUAGAUGAUUCGUCGCUAGUAUGUAGUCCACGAGUAUCGUGCACGACCCGCGACUCAACACCUUCAGUAUCGUCAUUUGGAUUGCUUUCUACGUCGGUCACAGCUUCCCUCUCCGCGUCAUCUUCCACGGAACCUAUGUCAAUUCUUUAUACGUACUAUUUUUCAUCUUUACUGAACAUUUCUGCUCUCCAUAAUAUAUAUCCUUACUUCAUCUCUUCUUCACGAUUAAGUUCAACAAUCCUUUAGACAUAAAAAUAGUUAUAAAAAAUUAGAAUUUUUAGUAAGUAAAGUAGUGUUAGUUAAGUAACGAGAAAAUCAACAGUUGUUUGUUAAUGAGUAUAAUAAAAGAUGCAAUUCAGAGAGUUUAACCUUAGAAUUAUAAUAAUAAAUUGUUUAAAAUUUAAUAUAGUGAACGUUAAGGGAACUUUUAUAAAUGCAGUGGCAAAUUCUGUCUUUAAUGUCUAUGUUAGCAUGAGGGAGAAUUUUCAAGGGAGUACUCUUGUUUAUUGUUUUGUAUUUUUUUUUUUAUUAAUUUUAUUUCCUUAUUGCUCUGUGUUAUUGAACCAAAGAUUUUCGUGGGCCGAGGUCCUGAAAUAAAUGACAAUCAAGCUGCGAACGGUCAUAAUAACAUUUUGAACCGACGUGUUAGUCGUUAAAGCAUCUUAAUAUUUCACUUAAUUAAUUACCUUUGUUUAAUUUAUUAAUAUUAAGAAGUACUAAACUGUAAUUUUUAAUGGAUUUAUCCGUUUAACUAGGUAAGGGUGAUAUUGGAAAUGAUUUUUUUAGAAUCAAUAGUUAUAAGGUAUCGUAUGUUAUUACUAAUUAUGUAAUCAGUAAUCACUGAAAUAAAUGAAAAUCUGUAAUG